CGCCCGUCUUCUCCCACCGGUCACAAUUUCUCUCCCCCCUUCCAAGGAAUCCCUCCUCUCCAUGCUCCCGCACCGCCCACCUCCUAAUGCCCCUCGCCGACCACGCAUCCAGCGGCCGCCUCUCCGGUUCUCCGCCCAUGGAUGCAGAUGAACCCGCCGCCGCGUCCUCCUCCUCAUCCCCCACCUCCGACGACGCCUUCUUCGAAGCCCAGGACUCCAUCCCUCCUCCUCCGCCUCCUCCCCCUCCUCCUCCUUCUCAUCCUCCUCCUCCUCCCCCUCCCCCUCCCGCUCCUCCUCUCCCUUCCCCUCCCCACACCUCCUCCACCCUCCGCCGCCGCCCGCGCCGCGCCAAAUCCCUGAAGGAACCCGAUCACGUCGUCACCCCCUCGGCUUCCGCCGCCUCCACCGUAACCGGGGUCGAUGAGCCCGUCAAGGCCGAGCCCGAAUCCUCCGAUGUCACCAGUGCGCGCCGCCCUCCCUCGCCGGCCGAGGAGGAACCGAACGAGAAGGAUGCCGAGGCGGAGGCAGAGGUUGUUGCGCGGGAUUACAGGCCCGCGGCGCCGCCCAGCAUUCUCGAGUCCCUCGCCGUUGUCAUCAUCAAAGCGGUGGUGUUCCAGGUCAACGCGCUCGUCAGCUGCCUCACGUUCCCCGUUCGCCUGCUGCAAUGGUGGUUCCUCUUCGUGACCGACCCGGUCGGGUCGGUGCGGCAAGCGAGGGAGUGGGUUCUCGGGGCGGCGGGACAGGCCACCGGCGCAGUGACUACGUGGCUCGGAGGAGGGGAUGGGGUUGGGCGCGUGGUGGCGAGGCUGGUAUGGGGGUCGCUCUGGGCCGUGUACGUUUGUGUGGUUCUGUGCUCGCUGCUCGUUAUGGCGUUCCUCGGAGGGGGACUGUUGGUGGGGAAAAUGGUGGAGGAGCCCGUUCAAAUGACAGAGAACCUGAAUUUUGAUUACACGAAGCCAAGCCCUAUGGCGUUUGUGCCGGUGUGGCGAUUUGUGCCGCCGAAUCAACGGAUGGAGCUCGAGGUGUCGCUGACGCUUCCUGAAUCAGAUUACAACAGGAGGCUGGGAGUUUUCCAGGUAAGAGCAGAGCUUCUAUCUGCAGAUGGGAAAGUGGUCUCUGCUUCGAGUCAACCGUGCAUGCUAAAGUUCAAGAGUGUUCACAUGCAUUUCAUAGAAACGUUUUUCCAAAGUCUUUCUCUUUUGUCUGGAUAUUCCUCAGAAUCUCAGGUUAUCACACUAAAAAUGAGGGGCAUUAAGGAGGCUUUUGAACCAAUAACAGGAGUAAGGAUAAUACUGAAACAACGAGCUGAGUUUAGUCCUGGUGCAGGCAUCCCAGAGAUAUAUGCCGCAUCACUAAAGCUUGAGGCUGAACUUCCUCUGCUCAAGAGAAUACUCUGGAAUUGGAGAUGGACACUUUUUGUUUGGAGCAGUAUGGGGUUCUUUGUUUUUGGAUUGUUGCUUACCCUUAUUUGUUGUAGACCUUGUAUAUUUCCCAGGAGUGGAUAGGUCAACUCAUGUAAUGUAUACUUCGAAAUAAAUACAAAGUGGGUGCCAAUGUGUAACGAUAGAUUACUAACCAUGCUGAUGAUGCUAUCUAUGUUUAUUAUUGUUUUUGUCA